AAGCUCCUGCCCCCCCACCCACCCACCCCCCUCCGGCCCGUGACAACGAAGCAUCCGCGGUCCAAAGCAGCGGCGGCGGAGGCGGCGCGGCCGGACUAGCGCGAAAGGGAGCCGACUGUGCUACCCGCUCGCUUCCGGGACUCUAGACUCAUCUCCAGUCUUCCUCGGUGGUUCCGUUACGGCCGUUAUGCAGGCGCGGGCCCCGGGCCGUUCCCGAGCCUGAGGUGCCGGGCGGAUGGUUGGUAGAGUCCCGGUGCUGCCCUGACUGACCCUGGCGCGGCCUGGAAGCCAGUCUCGGUCCAAGCCCGGGACCGAAGAGGCCCUGGUUGCCCGCGAGCCCGCGCUCGGGGCGGAAGCUCCAGACUGCUGAGGAGCGCCCAGCUUCACAGUCCGCUUCCGGAGCGGCGUCCCCGCCAAGCGUCCUCGGCGUCGCCCGACUUGUUUUCUCGGACGUGGACUUGGCACAUCUCGGCUCCCCCCCCGCUGGCUGAGGAGAGAAAGCGGCAGUUUGUCGAGAGGCUUCCUUCCCGCGGGGCUGGGGACCCGGCCAUGGGCCGCGGCGCGGGCCCUCCGCGCGCCCGCCUGCAGCGCUCGGGAGCGGGCCGCUGAGCCGCGCCGCAGCCCGGGAGCCCCGGGCAGGCAUGAGGACCGCCAGGGGGGGACGUCUGCGGCCCGCGUCGGCUCUCGGGACAACGGUGUGCGCCGCGGUCUGGUCCAGCCUCCCGCGUUAGCCUUCAAACCAUGCAGUGACAUCUGCUAAGACUUGUUGGUAGCCAUGUCGGAGCCCCACAGGGUCCAGUUCACCUCUCUCCCAGGUUCUUUGAAUCCUGCAUUUUUGAAGAAAUCCAGGAAAGAGGAGGUUGGAGGAACAGAACAGCAUCAAGACUGUGAGCCAGCUGCAGCAGCUGUUCGGAUUACACUCACUCUCUUUGAACCAGAUCACAAACGCUGUCCAGAGUUCUUCUACCCAGAGCUGGUGAAGAACAUCCGAGGGAAGGUGAAAGGCCUUCAUCCUGGAGACAAGAAAAAAGAUGUCUUGGAUCCUUUCAAUGAUGAAGAAAAAGAAAGGCAUAAGGUGGAGGCCCUUGCACGGAAAUUUGAAGAAAAAUAUGGUGGAAAGAAACGUAGGAAAGACCGAAUACAGGAUUUGAUUGACAUGGGAUAUGGCUAUGAUGAAUCUGAUUCUUUCAUUGAUAACUCUGAGGCGUAUGAUGAACUUGUUCCUGCUUCUUUGACUACAAAGUAUGGAGGAUUUUACAUCAACUCAGGAACGUUGCAGUUUAGACAAGCUUCAGAAUCUGAGGAUGACUUCAUUAAAGAAAAGAAGAAAAAAUCUCCAAAGAAGCGGAAGUUGAAGGAAGGUGGUGAAAAGAUAAAAAAGAAGAAGAAAGAUGACACUUACGACAAGGAGAAGAAAUCGAAAAAGUCCAAGUUUUCCAAAGCCGGCUUCACAGCCCUCAAUGCCAGUAAGGAGAAAAAGAAGAAGAAGUACUCUGGGUCAUUAAGUGUUAGAGAAAUGCUCAAGAAAUUUCAGAAGGAGAAAGAGGCUCAGAAAAAGAGGGAGGAGGAACAUAAGCCUGUAGCUGCAUCAUCAAUAGAAGCUCAGGGCCUAAGGGAACUGGAGGGCACUUCUGACCCAUUGCUCUCACUCUUUGGCUCUACUUCUGAUAAUGACUUGCUUCAAGCUGCCACUGCCAUGGACUCCCUGACGGAUUUGGACUUGGAGCAGCUGCUCAGUGAGUCUCCAGAAGGAAGCCCUUUCCGAGAUAUGGAUGAUGGAAGUGAUUCCCUUGGGGUGGGAUUGGAUCAGGAAUUCAGGCAGCCCUCUUCCUUCCCCGAAGGCCUGCCAACACCCCUGGAGAAGCGUGUUAAGGAGCUGGCUCAGGCUGCCAGAGCUGCUGAGGGAGAGAGCAAACAGAAGUUCUUCACUCAAGAUAUUAAUGGCAUCCUGCUAGACAUAGAGGUGCAAACCCGGGAGCUGACUAGCCAAAUCCGUUCUGGGGUAUUUGCUUAUCUGGCUUCAUUCCUGCCCUGCAGCAAGGACACUCUGGUCAAGCAUGCUCGAAAACUUCACCUCUACGAACAGGGUGGGCGCCUGAAAGAACCACUUCAGAAGCUCAAGGAUGCCAUUGGUAGGGCUAUGCCUGAGCAGGUGGCCAAGUACCAGGAUGAAUGCCAAGCACACACACAAGCAAAGGUUGCUAAGAUGCUGGAGGAAGAGAAAGACAAGGAACAGAGAGAACGGAUUUGUUCUGAUGAAGAAGAAGAUGAAGAAAAGGGGGGCCGGAGAAUAAUGGGACCCCGGAAGAAAUUCCAGUGGAAUGAUGAAAUCAGGGAGCUUCUGUGCCAGGUGGUAAAGAUCAAGCUGGAGAGCCGGGAUCUGGAGAGGAACAGCAAGGCCCAGGCCUGGGAGGACUGUGUGAAGGCUUUUCUGGAUGCUGAGGUCAAGCCUCUCUGGCCCAAAGGCUGGAUGCAGGCCAGGACUCUAUUUAAGGAGAGCCGACGAGGCCAUGGGCACCUGACAUCACUUCUGGCCAAGAAAAAAGUAAUAGCUCCCUCAAAAAUCAAGAUAAAGGAAUCAUCUGUUAAGCUUGACAAAAAAGUUUCUAUCCCAUCAGGACAGCAUGGUGGUCCCACUACUUUGCUCUCAGAACAUCAGAGUGGAGGCCUGAACACUGGGGUAAACAGCAGGGAGCAUCCAUCCCAGGCAACUUGUAGCCUCACUGACCCUGUUCCUGUCAGCCUGGAGGACUCACUGGAUGAAGACUUGGUCCAGAAUCCAGCCUCCUCUGUGGAUGCUGUGUCUAAGGAGCUGGUUGUAUUGAACAGCAGAGCAGCCAACAGUUCUGAAUUCACACUGCCUGCACCCUCCAAAGCACCAACAGAAAAAGUUGCUGGUGUUUUGUGUACAGAAGAGAAACGGAACUUUGCAAAGCCCAGCUCUUCUGCACCAACCCCCACAAAUGCUCUGCAGUCACCUCUCAAUUUUCUGGCUGAACAGGCUCUAGCACUAGGGCAGUCCUCUCAGGAGAAAAAGCCAGAGGGUUCUGGCUACAAAGAGCUAUCCUGUCAGGCUCCCCUUAGCAAGGGUAUGCCUGAAUUGCACCAGUCCAAAGCAAAGCACCACAGUUUGCCACGGACGUCUCAUGGACCCCAGGCAGCAGCUCCCAUGCCUGGUCCCCAAGUCAAAGUCUUUCAUGCAGGCACUCAACAGCAGAAAAGCUUCACACCCCCAUCCCCAUUUGUCAACAAGCUGCAAGGCCCAAAGGCCACCUCUCCACAGUGUCAUCGUUCCCUCCUGCAGCUGGUAAAGACAGCAGCCAAAGGCCAGGCCUUCCAUACCACUAUGCCAGCCUCCUCCGGAAGUUCACCAGCCUCCAGCAGCAGCUCCCAUAAGUCGACAGCCUCAAACUCUACCACCAUCAGCCAUCCAGCAAAGCUGCAUCCAGCCAGCUCUGUGGGGCCCUCUUAUAAGAAUAACCCCUUUGCUGGCUCAGUCUCUAAACAUGGGGCUUCUUCUAGCAGCCCAUCGCCCGGAGGAGGAGCCCAAGUGCAGAGCUCUGUUUCUGGGACCUUGCUCCCUGGUGUGCAGCCUCCCUCAGCAGGACAGCCUGCUAGCCGAGCUGCCCCAAGUUCUACUGCGAAAAAAACACCUGUUACUCAGAAGCUGACCCUUGUGGCUCCGCCUGGAGGUCCAAAUGGAGAUUCUGGUGGUGGGACCCAGGGAGUGGCAAAAUUACUGACUUCCUCCCUGAAGCCUGCUACAGUUAGUAGUGUGACAUCGUCUACCUCCUUGCCAAAAGGGACUGGCGGGGCAGUGCUGCUGUCCAACUCCUCUUCCUUAAGCCUGCUGUCUUCAUCCUAUAAGUCCAACAACCCCAAGCUUCCGGGGGCUAUGAACUCAAACUCAUUGGGAAUCCUAACCCCAUUUCCACUUCAUGUACUCUCCUUCAGUGCAGACUCCUCUGCCAAAGCAGGAGUCUCUAAGGAUGCCAUUGUCACAGGUCCAGCCCCUGGCACCUUCCACCAUGGCCUCAGCCACAAUACUUCACAGCUUCAUGGGAAAGGGCCUGUUGUACCAAGGAAAUUGUGACCACUUUGGAGGAUGGAACUGAAUGACAUAGGUCUAGGAGGAAGCCCAACAUGUAUGUCUCUGAUAACAGACAUUGCUGUGCUCUUCUUGCCCACUGCUUUUCUUCUGGAGCAGACGUGAGUUUGAAAUGGAGCACUUCUUAGCACUUCAGAUGGGCCUCUAACCAAGGGCAGCUUCUGCUGCUCACAAAGCGCUUACUGACCUGGUGCUCUAGGCCUCAUGGCUUUGUCGCUGGACGACACGAAGGGGCAGCUCUGUGCUGAGAAGUGUGCCUAGACUGUGUUGGGAAGCAUAGUGUACACGAGUACCUGUGGCACAUCUGUUGGCUACUGGGUUCUAGAUCUGCCUAACUCCUGGCAUUUGGUGUAUCUCAGAGCUUCCUACUGGUCAGGGACUCCUUCUGGCCACAGUAGAAUCCCUGGAUGGUUGUGAUUCUGUCCCAUCCUCAGGCUAUGUGCUCAAGAGGACAAGACCCAGGCCAGAGCCACAUGUGGGAGACCUUGCAAAAUACUAAGAACACAUAAUGUGUGCUCCUUGUAGGGGCCAGUUUCUCCUCAGAACAUGACAAUGAAGCUCUUAUAGAGAAAAAGACCUUUAUAGAGUCAACAAUCGUAGGAUUUUUAAAGACACCUAUCCUGGGCUGUUUUCGUCAUUACCAUUGAAUGCAUUGGAUAGAAUGGGACUGCUCUUCACACAUCACAUUAUAGGAAGACUUAAUUCCAGUGCCUUUUUGGUGGAGCAGACUUUGACAACUCACACCUAUCCAUUCAGCCCACUGAAUGGAUCUGAGAUGAAGAUCUUUUUUUAAAGCUAGUCUGUAUUUAAGACAGUUUUAUUUAAUUGGGUUUUUAAUGACCGCACACUAUAACCUGUGCCGUCUUGACUUGAAAGUCAUCUGAGCCCCCAAAUCCCAGGUUCCCAUGGAGCUACAGCUCUGUUUUGUUUUUGUAGAGUUGAUGCAGGUGGACUACAGAGGAGUCCCUCGGCCCUCAGUGUCCGAGAGCCCAGGGGUUCCAAGCCACAGGUAGACAUUCCACUUUGUCUUACUCUUAGAAGUCUCUCUGGCAGAGCCGCAGAACAGGCCCCUGAACCAUCUGCCACAGAGAACAGGUCUGGGGUGCUGGUGCUCUCUGGACAGUGAGCUUCUGUGUGGACUUAAGAGGGAUGUCCAGAGGGUCUGAAGAGUAGACAGAGGACAAAGAUCGAUGAUACAGAGCUUCCAUCUUCAGGCCGUCACAGUUACCCAGUGGCUAGUUCAUAUGGACUUGGAGCACUCUUGCCUGUCCUGUAAAUCUACCUUGCAGUGGGUCUGGCUGACUGCCCAGCCAGAAAACAUUUAGGGAGGUGAUCAGCACUCUCAGUACGCACUGUAGGAUGGGUCAAGUGUGCUUUUGGUUCCUGCCUCAAGGGUAUGGAGCUCAGUAGCUCUCUAUUCCUGUGGAGGUGGCCACCUUUCCACUUUAAGACCUUUGUCAGCUUUUUGGUCUGGCCUCUGCUCUGACUCCUUUUGUAUGGAAGAACCAAUUGUUUUCACAUUGGCCAUGUGGAUUCCUUAUCCUUUUAUUACAUAUAUUUUUUGCAACUUGGAUUUCCAGUUUGUUUACAGAAUAGUCUUAGGUAGUAGCAAAAAGAGCCAAAGAAGAGAUUUGUAUAGCUGAGCUCUAAGCCGAGCUGAGGCCGCCAGCAAAGCUAAGCAGUGGGAACUCUCCAGGCUCCUCUGCCCGUUAAACAACGGGCCCAAGCACCCCACCCCUUUGGUGCUCCCUCCUCCCCAUGUGCCACUGCUUGUGCAGCUAGAGCAGGAUGCCCUCAUCUUUAGGAAUCUAGCGAUGCCUCUUGCCUCAGGGAAAUGUUUCUUUGAUGGGGAGUUUAUGAGAUUUCUUUUCCUUGUUUAUGCUUUAUUUGUGGUAAUGAACGAGUGAAUGACUUAAACAGCUAUGGCCAGGGAGACCUGCGGCCCGGCUUCAGCAGAGGGUGGAGGUAGACCAAGCUCAGUGGGAUGCAAGGGUUUCUUUGGUGGGUGCAAGGUUCUGAGACUUAACCAGGCGUGGCAGUUUCUUAGGUGUGAGAGGGGCUUUUGUGCUGCAACUAUGUUGGUGUUGGGGGGUGGUGUGGAAAUUGUUAAUCUUGUAUAAAGCAACUCAAUAAAUUGUUUUGAGGUUUCCAAAA